UGCCUAUUCUGUAUUCCGACGGAUUUCUAUUUCGUUCGAAAGUGAUAUUUCGAUCGUUUUCGAAUUUACCAUUCCCUAUUCCAAUCGUUUUGCUCGUUUCGAACGAAAGUGUUAGAAAAUUUCGAAUAUGCAUCGAUCUGUCAAAAACCGAUAAACAAAAAGAAACACCGUAUUAAAUAGCGGCGAGUGCGAGUUGAAUUUCAGUUAAUUUUUGAUCCUAAGAGAAAUUUGUGAGAAAAUUUUCUCGUUCAAUGGAUUCCGUUUUGUUACCGAUUUUGGCGGAGCAAGAAGAAAUUGGAAUGCCUUGCUACCAUCGGCGAAACCACCGAAAAUCAACCGACUUCAUGAAACUUUCUGAUGAAGCAUUCAUCAAAAGUUUUCGUCUAAGUAAGGAAGCUUUUCGGUACGUUUUAGAGGAAAUUGAGAACUGCCUUACCACAAGGAAAGGUGGUCUAUCCACGGAGGUGAAACUCGCAGCAUGUUUGCGAUUCUUUGCUGAAGGAAAUUAUCAACAUGGAGCAGGGCAAGAUUAUCACAUUGCCAUAGCACAGCCCACAUUUUCCAAGGUGCUGACUGAAAUGCUUAACAUUCUGGAGCGGACACUGUGUAAGAAAUGGAUUUCCCUAAAUAUGACGGAAGACGAACAGCGGCGUGCUAAACUACACUUCUAUCAGAAAACAUCAAUUCCGGGUGUUAUUAUGUGUUUGGAUGGAACCCACGUAAAAAUUAUUCCACCUAAGCUGAAUCGAAAUUUGUUUUUUAAUCGGAAGGGAUUUUAUAGUCUCAACGUUCUGAUUGUUUGUGACGAUCAGCAAAGGAUUCGUUUCGUUGAUCCUACCUUCCAGGGAUCUAAUCAUGACUCUCAUAUAUGGCGUGUAAGCCCUGCAAGAACUCACUUUGAGCAGCUUCACCAAAAUGGUGAAGUUAAUACUAAGAUUCUAGGUGAUGCUGGUUAUCCAUCGGAACCUUGGUUAGUAACGCCAUUCAGAGCAGCGGAGGAAGGGAGUUUGGAGAGCGAUUUUAAUCGCAGGCAUGCCUUGGGUCGUGCUAUCGUCGAGCGGACAAUCGGUUUACUAAAAAAUCGGUUUAGAUGCAUCCUUGGCGCGAGACAACUUCACUACAAUCCUACUAAAUGCGCUCAAAUUAUAAAUGUAUGCUGUGCACUUCACAAUAUAUGCUUAGAAUUUGGUCGUUCUCAGUAGUUAUAAUAUGUUAUGCAGCUGUUUACAUAAUAAACUUUUGUUUAAAUUAAUAUUUAUGACUGUUAAAUUUCAUCUAACUUGUUUGCAAAUGCUCAAAUAAAUAACAACCACCGGAAAAGGAAGUGUCUUCCUUACUUAACUAUGGUUUCGGCAGAAUUAUUUACUCUUAUUCCUGCCAACACUUUGAGAACAUGUCAUUAUCGAUUUCUCGUAAGCAGGCCAAGUAUUCAAAUAACCAUUAUUAAUACUUUUUGCGUUGUUUUAACCCCUUGCUGUACGAUUUAAUUUCCAACAGCACGGCCCAAAACGAGCACUUCGAGUCGUUCCGCUACUCUGCUGAGUGUGGGUAUCUAACAUGGGUGCCCUAUGAUGAGCAAAUACAUGUUGUGUUUAAAAUAAAAACGAAGGAGUUAUUACUACGUACUAACUCGUUCGUUUUUAUUUUAAUUAUAAUAUUCAAAUUAUAUUUUAUAUUUUUAGCUCAUUCAAUUUUUUUUUAAAUAACGGAAAUUUUAUAAUCUUCAGUUGUCGGUAUCCUCAUCAUAUGCCUGAAGCUAUGUAAUUAUUUCACAUCGAGAAACAACGAGUGAAGUUCAAUGUUGUACGUGAAGGGGUUAAGGAAGUUCCAUAAACUAUAGGCGAAAUUCGUGAAUUUUAAAAAAGUUUAUAUAAUUUUGAUGCUAUUCCAAACAAACUUCAAAGAAAAAAUUAAGUAAGAUUUUUCUUCCAUGGAAAGAUAUAAAAAUACGAUUAGAACUUUUUUUCAUUUUUUUAUACUUGAGUUACAAUAUAAAGAUAAAAAAUCAGAUCACUGAUAUUUUGAAACAUUAUUCUAAUGUUCUGAAAUAUACGCAAUCUGCGUUUCAAGGAUUUGUCGCUAUUGAUUUCUCCAGCGCGAUCUUCUCCAUCUCGUGGUUAUGUCGUUUUUGUUCACUCAGAUGUUCUUUGAGUGUGGCAUCCACGGAAAGAAUCGCUCGAGCUGAUUGGCGCUGAUAAUGAACCAGAUCACUCAAAUUCUUGUUUGUGUUUUUUAACAGGGAUUUCACAUUGGUGUGAAAUUUGUUUUGUUGCUCGACUUGCAGCUCUAAUAGCCUCGUGGUAGAAGGUCUGGAUUUUUUCGGCUGAGAGGGCUGGAAGUGAAUGGUAUUAUUGAUACCGUCACACUCGUCGGAAGUACCAUAAUAUAUAAAAUUUUCCUGGUCUGCAGCUUGAGGUUCACCCGAAGGCGAACCCAACUGUGUUCCAUGAGAUGAGGUACCCGGGAUUCCUUCCACGGUCGCAAGUAACCCAGUUAGUAGAACUGCCUGCUCCUCCAGCUCGGACAAAUUGAUAAUUUUAUUGGGUCCUCCACCUGUCGCCCUCUGCUCCCGUUUGUUGUGAGCGAGUUUUCGCUUUAAUCCGGACUUAUAGUCCGCCCAAACCUACACAGAAAACCAGGGCAAAAAUAAGACUAUAAACAUAUGUUUCGGAUUCGUUUUAGUAUAUACCUUUUUCCAUCCACUUCCAUCGCGAAUAGGCGGUCCCAAACUAUUGACUUCUGCCGCCAGAUCAUCCCAGUAGGGUCCGGAAUUUCCUCGGGAGAAACCCUUUGCUAUGUCCGGCUCUUGCUCCAGAAGCAGCACAAUCCGCUCGAACUGAUUUUUAGUGGUUGUUUUGUUUUUGUUUUUUUCCCUGUUGAACGUUAAAAUUAAUUUAAAGAAAAAAAAUGAUUAAAAAUUAGCUUACAUUUUUGCAGUUCACCGCUCAUCCGCUGCGGAAAUUAUUCACUCCUUCAUAAACAAAGUGGGUUUGACGUUUGGUUUGAUUCGAAUGAAAGAUGUUCGAAAACAAAACAGUCCGAACGAAAGGUAUUCGAAUUUGAAAACACCUCGAACGAAACAGGGAAUGGAAUUUACCAAGUCGUUCGAAAUAUUUCGAAUCGAUUGAAAUACA